AUUGACAUGCGGCACGUCAUAGGGCAUAAAGGAGGACGCAUUCCAGUGAUAGCUCACUCAGCAAAACGGGGCCUCUGGCACAGUCAGCAUAGAUCAACAAGGAGCGAGCUGCCACGCUGAGAAGGUUUACCGACAGAUUUUCUUCACCAUGCCAGCUGUACUCGGGUAUUGGAACAUACGAGGGCUAGCUCAGCCCAUCCGCCUUAUGUUGGCCUAUGCCGGGGAAGAGGUGGAGGAGAAACGCUAUCAGAUGGGACCAGCCCCAGAGUUCAACAAAGAUGAAUGGUUGACGGAUAAGGCCAAGCUGGGAGUGCCAUUUCCAAAUAUUCCUUACUACAAAGAUGGCGACACCAUCAUCGUACAAAGUCGUGCCAUUAUGAUGCAUCUGGCCAGGAAACACAACUUAUAUGGUAGCACUGAAGCAGAGAGAAUCCGAGCAGACGUGUUGGCUUCACAGCUCGGAGAUAACUUGAUGGGCUUUGUCCGUGUUUGUCUGUCAACACGCAUGUUUAAAGCUGACUUCAAAGCUAAGAAGGAAGAGUUUUUGAAGGGCCUGCCAGACACGUUGAAGUCUUAUUCAGAUUUUUUGGGAGAUAACCCUUGGUGUGCUGGCAAAAGUAUCACAUAUGCAGACUUUGGCUUGUACGAGCUGCUGGAUUGGUUCAGAAGGUUUGAACCCGGAUGUCUGGACAAGCUCCCCAAUCUUGUCGCCUUCUGCAAUAAUUUUGAGGCUUUACCCGCCAUGAAAAAAUACAUGUCGUCUGCACAGUUUUUGAAAGACCCCAUAUUGAACCCAUUUGCUGACUGGGGUGUAUAGAUAUCACGAGUCGUCUGAAAGGGGUUUCAACAUGUACCAUUUGAUUCAGUAUUAGAUUAGUGACAUUGAUUGGCCUGAUUCAGUAUAGUGACAUUAAUUGGACUUAUAUAUAUUACAAGACUUUUAGCAGCAUGAAUAAAUCUAAAACUAUGCAUUUUACCAAGGUGUUGGAACUCCUUGGUUUUACACAGGUUAAAAUGCUUACCAGGACAUUACGUACAAAAAAUUGUGUAGCCUAAAUAAAAUGCUUAUAUAUGAGUGCUACAGUUGAGCAUUUGAACAAAUAAAACGGCUUCGUAGAAAAUGUAUUUGAAUGGUGCAUUUUUUUCAUUGACGAGGUAAAGUCUAUUUCUACAAACGUACAUUUCUCUGUUGUAGUUUCCUCGCCAAACUGCUUUCGCUCAUAACUGUGGCACCUGACAUUAGUCUAAAAUAAAGGGUAUCAACUUGUA